CUGCAGGACGUUCUCUCGGCUCCAUCUUUGAUCACAAGAAGGUCGUCUAAACGCCGCAGUUCCUCCGUUAACUCAAAUUUUAACCUAAAAAUACACAAUGGCUCCUCCCACCUAUGGUGAUCUUGGAAAGUCUGCCCGCGAUGUUUUCGGCAAGGGCUACCACUUUGGAGUUUUGAAACUCGACGUCAAGACCAAGACCCCCACCGGCAUCGAAUUUUCGUCUGGCGGAACUCACAAUGUGGAGUCUGGCAAGGUUCUGGGAUCUCUUGAAACCAAAUAUAAGAAGUCCGAAUAUGGAAUGACCUUCACUGAAAAAUGGAACACAGACAAUAUCAUUGGUCUGGAAUGGGCUGUGCAGGACCAGCUGGCCAAGGGCCUGAAGCUGUCCCUGGACGCCAGCUUUGCACCUCAGUCAGGCAAGAAGUCUGCCAAGGCCAAGACCGAGUACAAGCACGAAAUCCUCUCCGCCAACUUUGAUGUUGACCUCGAUAUUGGAGCCCCUGUCAUUCACGGCGCCUCUGUUUUCGGUUAUAAUGGUUGGCUAGCCGGCUACCAAAUGUCCUUCGACACCGCCAAGUCGAAGCUGCUUAAAAACAACUUUGCCGUUGCUUACGAGUGCAAGGACUUUGCCCUGCACACCAGCGUAAAUGACGGACAGCAGUUCAAUGGAUCCGUUUACCAGAAGGUGGACAGCAACCUCGAAACCGGAAUCCAGGUUUCCUGGGCUGCUGGCUCCAACAACACCUCAUUUGGCAUUGGCUGCAAGUACAACCUGGAUAAGGAUGCUUCUCUCCGUGCUAAGAUUAACAACAGCUUCCAGGUUGGCUUGGGAUACCAACAAAAGCUGAGGGAUGGUGUCACCCUUACUUUGUCCACCCUUGUUGAUGCAAAGAACUUCAACCAGGGAAGCCACAAGGUUGGCUUGGGAUUGGAGUUGGAGGCUUAGGCAGUUGCAUGUAAAAAAUCUCCUCCGAACGCAGCCUAAAUUCAGUUCAGUUGGUACGAGGGAAUUCGGAAGAUCUAUGAAAGUAUUAGGUCACAAACAAAAAUCUCCCUUACAUCAUUUGUUGUGCCCUAAGAUUAUAAUCUAGCCCGACAAUGGGGGAGAAAUCAAGAAAAAAUUGUAGCCCUGCUGUUAAAUAAAUCAAUGCUUAAACAUGUUAAAACACACUGCAUGUAAAUUAUGUCAACUACAUUCCCUCCCAGAUGCAGUUCUCGCAGGACACCUCACCUUUUUUCUAUUAAAUCAAAUGGCUUUUUGAAGUUUGUUGGAUUAUAUGCAGCUCCCUGUAGCAGAAAAUUCUUUAGUAUGUUAACUGCAAAAGCACACAUCAUGAACUGAGCAAUGUUGCUGUAGCAAAGACGCCUCUGUUUAAGCAACUGGCUUUUUUGCCGCAACACAGAAGUAAUAAAUUUGUAUUGUUAUGAUUGUGUGAAUAAAAGGAAAUCACUAGAGUGAAACCAAAAAACCUA